UGUAGAUGAUAUUGUGAUUAAUGAAAUAUACAUGUGUUUAUAAAGAUACUGCUUUGGGAUAUUUUAUUAUUAAUAUGUUUCCUAAGUCAGCAGAUACUGAAAGUCUAGCUCGUGUCACCUGGACAGCUAUAGAUUUCUUUGUUACGAGAAUCCUCGUACUUGAGUGGUUGGCAGCAUGUCCUCUGGAUACUUCUCAAAUAGUCAAAUAGCUUUGCUCUCUUCCUGAUAGUUUUGUAGGAGUCUGAGAUCCAGGUGAUAAUCUCAGUGUAAUAAUUAGCAUGUCCCACAAUCCUAGAAUAAAAGACAUUUGAACAAUUUAUUUCAGUUAUUCUGCUGCUUUCUGUAACCACAGAUGAUCACUGAUAAAAUCUCUGAGGUAACUAAUUCCUGAGUUUCACUCUGAGUUGCGUUAUAUAUUUUCUUUAGUGUUUAGGAACAGUGUAGUUAGUGGUAGUUAGUGGUUAUUUUCUUCAAUGUUUAGGAUUGGUUACAAUGGCUUCUCCCUUGAAUAUUUGUCCUUCUUUCCUUUCUUCCUUCCUUUCUCUCUUUCUUCCUUUCUUUCUUUCUUUUUUUUUUUUUUUUUUUUUUGGUUUGUUUGUUUGUGGUUUUUUUCCUUUUUGGUAUCGGGGAUCGAACUCGCAACCUUGUGCUUGCCAAGCAGGCACUUGUGCUACUAAGCUAAACCCCCAGCCUGAUACUUAUCAUUUCAGCUGUUUCUAAAUAGUGUAGAAUGUGGAUAGAAAAUUUCAUAAGAAAGUUGGUAUUUCUGUAGGACUUUUCCUAACAAUCAAUAAUUAUGAUAUAUUAUUAAUUGUAAAAUGUGCCAGCAUGUCGAAUGGUCGUGUCUAGUACUUGUGGCAAGAAUGGCAUCCAGGCAGUUAGAUUCAUCUGGUGGUUCCUGUGUUUUAGAAAGUACCUCUGCGGCUUUGGGAAGUUUUGAUAUUUUCCUUCGCCAUUCUGCAGAGUCCAAAACCCAAUAUGUGAUUCUAGAGUGGAAAUACUUUUAAUGCCACAAGGCUGCCACACAGUAGGAGGUUUGAUUUGAGAGUAAAGGUCACUGAUUGGGGUUUUGGCAGUGGUUUGGAAAAUGAUGUGUGACCCUUCACCUGUACUGCAUUUAUAAAGGUUGUAAUGGCAAUUCUGUGAAGGUUGGUUUUUUGAAAAUAGCAUCCAACUAGUUCUGUAUUUAGUGAAACAGAGUGGAAAGAUUAAAGAAAGCAGUUGAUGAUGUCAGUCACAGUUUAGGACUAUUCCCAAGUUGCCUUGAUCUCUUGAAGUUGAUUCAUAAAUAAAAUACUAAAUUAUUGAUUUUAUAGCCAAAAGGAACCUGACAAACAUUUAUUCAAUAUGUUUUGGUGUUUCUGAUGGAGUAAAUAAUGGAGCUAGACGUUAGGGAAAUAAGAAUGAAUAAAAUAGAACUCUUGCUCUUGCAGUCUAGCCUGGAAGACAGAGCACUUGAGCAAAUACCAUACUUUGGGAUAGUCAGUGUUGGAAUGGAGGUAAGUUUGCCAUGUUUCAUAGUUUGCAGUUGCACAUAGGAAAGCAUCCUGGUGCAUCCAGCUCCAUGAUGGGAGUGCUGGCACUGGCUUCCAAGUCUCUUGACACAAGUCACACUGGGUUGACUUGUUAAGCUUUGCAGAGGAUGAAUUUACCUCAUAGAUACAUAGGUAUGCAUGUAUUUAGUAGCUCAGUCUGUGCUAACAGCUGUUUGAGUUACAUAGACACAGUUUUUGAUGGAGUGGGAGUGGGAAGCAGAGAUGCGAUGGGUCCAGCGAUUCUCACUGAACAUUUAGAAGCAAAAGCAGUUCAUAAUGAGUACUUUUAAAUCCAGUUAUGUUGUUGUAUUAUCUAACAUCUUACCAUCUCAGUCCCAGUGCUCAGAAUAAAGGCUUAGCUCCCUUUAUGGCACUACAUCCCUUUUCUUGCCAGAGUCACCUGCAUAUCUCUUCUUGUGCGGUUUACACUUGAACCUCCACAUGCUGGAUACUGACCCACUGUGGUUUUCCAUACUGUGCUUUUCUAGCUAUCAUAAUUUGCCUGAAUCUCUUUACUCUAUUCCUGCUCUGCACAGCACCACACCUUACUUGAGAUUCAUCUGGAGUCAUUCUGGGCAGCUUUCCCCAUUAUAGGCUUGACCAUGUGAGGUACAAACUCCACUGCCCAAGUGGCCCUUUGUGAAAAUGCCUCAUCUCUGAGGUCCCUAAACGUCAGACGCAUGCUAGCACUUUGGUACUUAGUAAGCGAUUAUUGAAUAACUAGAUGACAGUUUUUAAACUGCUCCUUUUAUGGGACAGUACAAUUUGUGUAUACCCAGGUAUUUGUAUUAUUUUAAUUUAAUGAUUAUGCUCUUAGAUUGUUUUUCAAGUAAAUAUAAUGAUUCUAUUUUCCCUUGGGAGAAUAUACCCUUUGGAGGACAUAAAGGCCACCACAUUUAAACUGUUCAUUAACCAUUGAAACGAGUGUGUUCCAAUGCUGUUUCAUUGGCGUUCUUAUACAGCGAUCACAUACUGGGUGACAGUUUAAGAGAACUUGAUAUUGAGUGCAUCCCAUGGGUUAAAAUGUAUAUUUUAAAAUGUGUUACUUGUAUACCUGUUAGUUAUUGUUGCCAUGAUUUUAGAAGUGGAGAUUAUAUUAGCUCUCCAGUCUAUAUAGCCAUAUGACGUGCAAAUGUGCCAUUGUAUUUGUUUCUUUAAAUAUCUACCUAGGAAGCGAAAUUUAAAACAAUUAAAAUGCAAGCUAAAGCUAAUAACAGUUGAAGGAUGAUUUGUUAUUUUUUGCUUCCUAUAGGAUAUUAAUAGAAAUCGACUAUUUGGUUCCAAAAGAAAAAAAAAUUAAGAAUAUUAACUGACUUUUUAAAUAAAUGAAUAUCUGUAAAAAAUAAUGCAUAUUGAUUGUUAUUUAAUUGUUUUGUGAUAAUGAUAAUAGAGGAUCUUCCCCUCUUCUUUUGUAUCUCUUGCCAGUUAUGGAAUAGUGAAUGUCUUAACUGGGAAGCCCAGAUUCAAAGCAUGCUUGUAAGGCACUAGGUUGGUAAUGAAACUCAUCAAAUCAUAAUCAUCUUUGGAUCCUCAGUCAGGUUAUGUAAGUGUUCAUGCAGAUGAAGUUUUAACUCUGAUUUUCCUAAAUUGCUUUCCCAGCCAUUAAAUGGUUGGGAAGGUAUUCUCAAAUACAGAUAAGAACUAAGAAUGUACUACUGUUACUUUAAGAAGAAAAUUAUUAGGGAGGAAGAGGGGGCUGUUUUGAUUGCUGACAUUUGUGGCCUCCUUUCAUUUGCGUAAGAGGUGGACUGGCUUCUCUGGGGCUGUGGUUGCCAUGGAGAGGUAGUGGGGGAGGACUCCCAGGACUGCAGCCUGAGAGCCAGUCAGCCCCUGAGCUGCUCCAGAAUGUGACUGUGACGUAUGGGGCAGGGAGCUCAGGUGUGCCGCCACGCACAGAUAAUGGGGGAUGACUGCCCUGCCACGGCUGAUAAAAUCGAAGAAGCACAAAAAGAACUUAAUGGGGCAGAAGUUUCAAAAACAGCAGAACUCCUAGAGUCUGGUGUUAAAGGAGCUUCAGAAUCCCUGAAAGGUGUGAAACGGAAAAAGAUUGUCACUGAAAAUCAUCUGAAGAAAAUACCAAAAUCCCCCCUGAGAAAUCCUCUUCAGGCAAAACAUAAGCAAAACACAGAGGGGUCAUCUUUGGGUGUUUUGCAGAGUGCUUUGGAGUCUCAAAAGAAACAGAUCUGUAUUCCUGUAAAAAAUGGGGAGCAGCUAACCAAACAGAACGGAGACAGACCAGGGGUCAGGACUGAAGCCUCAAGCCCCGAAGACGCUGCCUCCCCGAAGAAGCCUGCAUCCCUGCAGCACCCAGCUGAGUUGCGGAGAUGGCGGUCAGAAGGCUCUGACCCAGCCACACUCAGUGGCUUCCAUGCAAAGUGGGACGCGAGCUCCUCGUCCAGUAAGGCCAGGACUGACACUAGUGAAUGUAUCUCUUCUCAGUGUAGUACUACUUCCCCUGUGUACACGAACACUGCAUUUGAUGUCUUACUGAAAGCAAUGGAGCCAGAACUGAGCACCUUUUCACAAAAGGGCUCAGCUAGUGCAAUUAAGACGGAAAAACUGAGACCAAAUAAAACUGUACGAUCCCCUUCUAAAUUAAAAAACAGUUCAGCGGAUGUCCAAAAUCUGACUUCACAAGAAUUUGUUGCCGAGUCACAGUAUUCUCCUUGUACCUCAUACCCAGUGCAAGUGUCAGCCCCUCAGCAAAAUGAACAGGGGGAAGUUCAGUCAGUUUUUCUUUCAGAUAAUCAACACAAACACUUUGUUUCCAAACCAAAUCACAAUCAGCAGAUUCCAAGGCAUUCAGGUUUCACGGGAUCACUGACGAACCUGCAAAACCAAGAGGGCACCAAACUUGAACAGGUUUAUAAUAUAGCGGUGACGUCAACCAUCAGUCUCACUGCAUCUUCCAGCGGAUCUCAGGUUACUCCUCCAAACCAGCAAGUGGAUUCUGUUUCACCUGUAUCCAUAAGUACAGCUAAUUCUACCCAGUCACCUCCCCUGCCACUUUAUAAUCCAACUCAUGUUGCCUCUGUUGUUAAUCGAAGUGUAGAACAAAUGUGCAAUCUCCUUCUGAAAGAUCAGAAGCCAAAAAAGCAAGGAAAAUAUAUUUGUGAGUAUUGCAAUAGAGCUUGUGCAAAGCCUAGUGUGCUUUUAAAACAUAUCCGCUCCCACACUGGAGAGAGGCCCUACCCCUGUGUGACCUGCGGAUUUUCAUUUAAGACUAAAAGUAAUCUGUAUAAGCACAAAAAGUCCCAUGCACAUACUAUCAAACUGGGUCUUGUCUUGCAGCCAGAUACUGGUGGCUUGUUCUUGUCCCAAGAGUCCUCCAAAGCACUUAGUGUCCAUUCCGAUGUAGAGGACAGUGGGGAGAGUGAGGAGGAGGGCUCCUCUGACAGCAGACAGAAUGACCCUGGUACCCUGGAGCUGCAGCCUAUGCAACUAAUGAAGAGGAUAUCCAGUUCUGAAGCGUUACCAAAACCAGGUUCCAUUCCAGGCAAUCCAGAUCAUGUGGCAGAUGACUUUUCACAAGGCAGAUCUUCUGAAUCACAAGCCAUGACAGAAUUGCCGAAACUUGUGGUUCAUGCUGUCAGUGUGUCUCCGUUAAGAAUUGACAGCCCAAAGAUGGUCAGCUCUAAGCCUGAGCUCUGUAGUGCACAGAGACAGACUGUUCAGGCAGCCAAUGUACUGUCCCAGUCAGCCUGUGUAACUUCCCUGCAGAAUGAUGAAAAGACCCAGCAGAAAGUGGACAUGGGUCAGAUGGAAGGAAAGCAGGACUGUCAUGGAGGAACAGUUCAUGCCCAGCUGCAAAGACAGCAGGCUACUGAUUACUCCCAGGAACAGCAAGGGAAGCUACUUCUGAGCCCUCGGAGUUCAGGAAGUACAGAUUCUGGUUACUUUUCACGUUCUGAAAGUGCUGAUCAGACAGUGAGCCCACCAACACCUUUUCCCAGAACCUUUCCCACCACAGAACAAGACUCAGCCAAGAGUAGCAGUCCUUCUGCGCCUCAAGUCAGCACACCAGCAUCCUGUGCCCUUCCAGCAGGAGAGAAGCCGUUGCUCUUACCAGGCCAGAUGCGGCCACCCCUGGCAACGAAGACACUGGAGGAACGGAUAUCAAAGCUUAUCUCUGACAAUGAAGCCUUGGUAGAUGAUAAGCAGCUAGACAGUGUAAAGCCCCGGAGAACUUCUCUUUCCAGACGAGGAAGUAUUGAUUCGCCCAAAUCAUACAUAUUUAAAGAUUCUUUCCAGUUUGAUUUAAAACCAAUGGGACGGAGGACAAGUUCAAGUUCUGACAUACCAAAGUCCCCCUUUACCCCCACCGAAAAGUCAAAGCAAGUGUUUCUUCUGUCAGUACCUUCCCUGGACUGUUUACCUAUCACAAGAAGUAACUCCAUGCCAACCACAGGCUAUUCAGCAGUUCCUGCAAAUAUAAUUCCUCCCCCUCACCCACUGAGAGGAAGUCAGUCAUUUGAUGACAAAAUUGGCUCUUUGUAUGAUGACGUGUUUGUAUCAGGACCUAAUGCUUCUAUACCUCCAAGUGGACAUCCCCGUACUCUGGUCAGGCAGGCGGCAGUGGAAGACUCAUCAGCCAGUGAGAAUCAUACUCUUGGGCCUGGACAGUCCUUGGAUGAGGGCUAUGCAGGUUGUCACACCACGAGUGAGCCUGUGGCAGCCCGGAACAAAGCCUUGGCACCAGGCUCCCAACUGGAAAAGAAGAAGUCCCAUCAAGGCCGAGGAACCAUGUUUGAGUGUGAAACCUGUAGAAACAGGUAUAGAAAGCUGGAAAACUUCGAAAACCACAAGAAAUUUUACUGUUCAGAGUUACACGGGCCCAAAACAAAGGUCAUAAUGCGAGAGUCUGAACACAGCCCUGUUCCUAGUGGGGCACAGCCUCAGAUCCUGCACUACAAAGUCGCUGGGUCCACAGGUGUCUGGGAACAGACGCCCCAAAUAAGGAAAAGGAGGAAGAUGAAAAGUGUUGGCGAUGAUGAAGAACUUCAGCAAAGCGAAAAUGGAACUUCUCCAAAGGGCUCUGAAGCCCUUCUGUUUCAGAAUGCUCUGGGCUCCAGUCUCAGCCUGUCUCAGCACACUGUCACCAUGACAGAUAACCAGCAGCAUGGAAACAGGCAGGUGCAGAACUCGCAGACUCAGCUUGUUGCCAGGGGCCUGGAGCAGACCGUGGACCCAAACCUGUCUCCCAUUGUAGAGCAGCGAAUGGGUUUAGCUGCCCCAGAUAGGCUGGAGGUGAAGAGACAAGGUGCUGGCAUCUCCGUCAUCCAGCAUACGAACUCCCUGAGCAGACCGAGUUCCUUUGACAAGGUGGAACCUUUUGAGGGGGACUCCCCAGGGUCUUUCCAGGAGCUGAGUCUAACUGGGAAGCCUGGCUCUCUGCAAACAAUAGGAAUCUCCCCAGAGGAAGGGCACCCUUCUGGGGAUGUGCCGCAUCCUCACCAGCCUGCACUGUCUGAUACUGUCAGAGGUGAGCACCGGGAAAACUCCAGAAAGCUCUCAAGCGAACGGCAUGUGGCAGGACAGACCUCGAGACUUGUCCGGCAGCCCAAUAUCCAAGUCCCAGAAAUUCUGGUCACAGAAGAGCCAGACCGGGACCCUGAAGCUCAGGGCCAAGAUCAAGACAAAUUGGAGAAGUUCAGUUGGCCUCAGCGCAGUGAAACCUUGUCAAAAUUGCCAACAGAGAAACUGCCACCCAAAAAGAAGCGACUCCGGCUGGCUGAGAUAGAGCAUUCUUCCACUGAAUCUAGUUUCGACUCCACUCUGUCUCGGAGCCUGAGCAGGGAGAGCAGCCUGUCCCACGCUUCAAGUUUCUCAGCCUCCUUGGACAUAGAGGAUGUCUCUAAAAUGGAGGCUUCUUCCAAAAUCGAUUUCCCAAACAAAGCUGAGUUUCUUCUCAUUCCACCUGGCUCAAAUACACUGAGCGUGCCUGGAAGUCACCGGGAAAUGAGGCGUGCUGCUUCAGAACAGAUCAGUUGCAUGCAGGCAUCUAUGGAGGUCUCUGAAUUCAGAAGUAAAUCCUUUGACUGUGGCAGCGUAACUCCAACCCAAGCUACACCACUUGUUGACUCACAACCUUCAGCUGCCCCUUCUGGUACAGGAGUAACUGGACAUGUGCCUCUCUUAGAGAGACGGAGGGGCCCACUGAUCCGGCAGAUCUCUUUGAACAUAGCUCCAGAUAGUCAUCUCUCUCCUGCUAACUCAUCAUCUUUCCAAAGUAUUCUUCCUUCCAGCACAAAUGCAGGACCUCUUCAGGGUCCUCAGCUCCCUAGUACAUCCUUGGCUGAGUUCCCUGUGAAUCCUUUGCACUCCCAAUCUCAAGUUAAGGAUCUGCCAGCAGAAAUGUCCAAUUCCAACUCUGCUAAGGUCUUUCCUGUUAAGCAGCUUUUUGGUGUCAGUUUGUUAAAUCAGGCCCAUACACCUCUCAGCUACCAGAGCACACAGCUGUCUCUGCAGGGGUCUGCACAGAGUGACAAAGUAGAUGCACAUUCCAUGCUCAAUGUAUCUUCUAAAAGUGAGGAUUGCUUUGCUCCCAAGUACCAACUUCAGUGUCACAUUUUCACAUCCAGCCCAUCUUGCUCUUCUAAUCCAGUAUGUCCUUUGCCAAAUCAAGUUCUCUUAGAUCCAGCUAGAGCAGAUUUAUGCACAACCUCAGUACCCUUGCCGGCCAAAUUAGUAGGUCCUGCGUCUAAUUCAUGUCCUCUGCCACUGCUGGAGCUUGGGUUACCUAGCAGCCAAACACAGAAGGUGCCACCAUCCUUCAUGCUGCCUUUACACCUGCAGAGUAAUGUUCCCACUUACUCUUUUGCCACUGUCUCAUCUCUGCCACGAAUCCUAGUGACCCAAGAUCUGUCCAGCACACCAAAUUGCCAGACUAAUCAAAGUAUAGUGCCAGUCAGUGAAGAACAAACUGCCAUGCCAAAAUCACAGAAAGAUCACCAGAAUGCUCUGCCAAACCCAGAGGAAGAACUUGUUUGUAAAAAUAUUUUUUCAGAGAUAGACCAAAAUUCUCUCACAGAAUCCUUGCCUGUGACUCAGAAAAUGUCUGUGGGUAGGCUUUCCCCCCAAGAAUCUUCAGCCUCCAGUAAAAGGAUGCUCUCCCCAGCAAACAGUUUAGACAUUGCCAUGGAAAAGCAUCAGAAACGGGCUAAAGAUGAGAAUGGAGCUGUUUGUGCCACAGACGUGCGACCCGUAGAACCACUCGCUUCAAGGGCUAAUGAAGUCACUAAGCAGAAGAAACCAGUUUUAGUGAGGCAGGUUUGUACUACAGAGCUCCUCGAAGGUGUCCUAUUGGAGCAGGAUGUUUUUUCUCAGCCUGAAACUACUAGUGAGGCUGUUAAUUUACCAGAUGUUUUGCCAACUGACAGUUCAUCAGAACAUUGUAAGUUUGUAGUUACAGAACCUAUCAGUGAAAUGCAUGAAUUUGAGACCAUUAAGCCAUCCACAUCAUUAACUGUAACAGUUCAAAAUUCUCCUGUGCAUUUAGAAAAUACCCAUGUUUCUCCUUUGACAUCAAUAGACAGUAACCAAGAAAGGACAUCUCCAGGGGUUAAAAAUCAAGGUGAUAGAGUACACAUUCAAGGACAAAGUCAGCUGCCAACUCCCACUCUUCCCUUAUGUAGCAUCACAGACAUGCAACAACUGUCUUUCCCCAGCCUCAAGACUGCUACCAGCUUCACCUGGUGUUACCUGUUAAGACAGAAGGCAUUGCCUCUGCCUCAGAAUAAUCAAAACGUUUCAGCCUAUACCGAUUGGGCAGUAAGCUCCAGUAACCCAAAUCCGCUCGGUUUGCCUACAAAAGUUGCACUCUCUCUCCUUAAUUCAAAACAGAAGACUGGAAAGUCAUUAUAUUGUCAAGCAAUAACUACCCAUUCCAAAUCAGAUUUAUUGGUCUAUUCAAGCAAAUGGAAAAGCAACUUAAGCAAGAGAGCAUUAGGUAUUCAAAAGUCCACAGUAGUUGAAUUCGGCAGUAAAGAUGUCUCUGAAAUUAACAGUGAGCAAGAUAAAGAAAAUUCGUUAAUCAAAAGUGAACCAAGAAGAAUUAAAAUAUUUGAUGGAGGAUAUAAAUCAAAUGAAGAGUAUGUGUAUGUCCGAGGCAGGGGAAGAGGAAAGUACAUUUGUGAAGAAUGUGGAAUACGGUGUAAGAAACCCAGCAUGUUAAAGAAACACAUACGAACCCAUACAGACGUUCGCCCUUAUCACUGCACUUACUGUAACUUCUCCUUUAAGACAAAAGGGUCACACUAUGAAAUCCAGGCUGGCCUUGAACUCAGUGUAGCCCAGUCUGGCCUCACAUUCAGUGAUCUUCCUGCCUCAACCUCCCUGGUGCUGAGAUUACAGGUGUGCACAUCAUGCAUAGCCGAAAUUACAUGAUAAAUAUUUAUUUGACAAGACUAUCAUAGCUAAGUGGGUUGAUAAAAAAAUUUGCAAGUUCAUGUUUUUCCCUGUAUUUACCAAGAUAGCUCUCAUUUUUGAGAGCUUUCAAAAGUCUAACCUUUUGUAAAUUUAUGUCAAGGAAAUCUCAAGACAGUUUUUAAACAUAGCUAACUAAAUAAUAUUAGACCUAUUUUUGUUUUUAAUUAGGUUGUAGAGUUUACCCAAUUUCAUUUAGUUUGUUACGCUUUUCAACUAGCUGUACUUCUCAUUGAAUGCAUCUGAGGAUGAGCAGAAGCCACAGUGUGCUAUGUAGAUGUGGCCAGCAAAGAUAGCAAAGUCCUAGGGCAGGAGUGGUCCAUAGUGCUAACAUUUGAUGCAUGUGAUGAUGCAUACAAAUCUGUAGCUCACCGCAUGUCCUCUUUAGUUUAUUUCCUGAGUGGGUUUUCAAAAUAAUUGUAAUAGAUUUAUUUUAAUGAUUUUGCUUUAAAGACCAGUCAGCACAAAAUAUGCAAUGAGGUUGUGUCUCUGUAGGAUGUAGACCAUUUUCUGUUACGUUACAGAAAGCUGGAUAAUUCAGAAACAAAACCUUUCAAUGUGUCCAAAGGGUUUAGGUGCGUGUUUAUUAAAUGUAUCAGAAAACUUACCUGUUACAUCAGUCCGUUAAUAUAUAAGAUUAUUGUUAGGGGAUAGUUGCAUUUAAAUAUACUUUUUCAUCCUUAAAUGCAAAUUUAUUUUAAAUUAUUUCAGUUGAUUUAUAAUAAACGAUAGCUCAAAUUAUAAGCAAAUAUGCUUAUUAAAAACAUCCCAGAUUUGCCUAGUUACAUAUUAACUUCUUAGCAGAUAACCUGUAUUGGCCUAUUUAGGGAACAAAAGUAUUUUGAAAAGAAACUAUUAGUGGACCUUUUAAUUUGAUUUAUAAUAUUGUUUUUGCCCUGAAAGCAUUUUGACUUAGAAGUGGAAAUGUCAGCCACGUUAGUGGCUAAACUAUUUUUUUAAACUUUAUUAAUAUGAAAAAUUAGAACCUCUUAGAGAAUAAUAAAAUUUGUGUACACUACCAGUACUCAUUGUCUUAGUAGGUGUUAAUGUUUUGCUAUAUUUGCUGCAUGAUUUAAAUAUAUUUACUGUAAAUGUCAAAAACCUAUUUAAGCUAGGUAGUGUUUCCAAAAUCACAGAGGUCAGUGUCUGAUGGGACCAAGAUGCUUGUGGUCCAGCCAGCCUCUCACUGCCACAGAUCCCUGAGCAUUCAGCUCUAGGAUGCUGUGUGGUAGGUUGACAAGAACCUACUAUCUGGUGCUAAAAUCAGCUUACACAAGUGUGGUCUGUGUUAUAGACUCAGUGCAUUUGUCAAGAAAUUGGAACUGUAAAUAAGCAAUCAUUGUGGGCUUUUGCUACUACAAGUCCACAAUUUGGACUGAUGAUUUAAAUACUUUUUAUUUUUCUAAAGGCUAUGUUUAAACUACUAAUUCACCCUUGCUCCUUGAAAGAGAUGAUUUGACCUUGUUGGCAGUGUUUUCUCUACAAAAGAUGCUUGGUGUCCUUAGAAGAAUCUGAUUUGUCCCCUUGCAUUUGUGAUCAUGGGGGGCAGGUAGACGGUGGUUCCCAGUGACCUUGGUUACACUUGCAGAGACUGCUGUAUCAACUGCUGGAGAAACAUCUCAGACACAUGUUAACAGAUGUCCAGCCUGUACCUGAAGUGAAAUUCUUAAGCAGAAUUCUUUCUCCCUUUCCAUGUGUAUACAUACAGAAGUGCUGCUUAGAAUAUGUUUAAAUGAUCCAAUGUAGUUUAUCAUAGACUCAAAAACCUUUCCCCACCAUUUCAAAAAUUUAAAAAGCAGAUUCCCAGGUAGAAGAAAUAAAACAGUCAAAAGCAGGGUAGUAAGCACAUACUUUUAAAAACCUAAAAAUCCAUAAGGAAUGAAAGCCAGAUUUAUACAUGUAGAUCUGGGGUUUUAGUGCCUGUUCUAAGAUGCAGUCUGAGGAACCUGAAUUAAACUUGGCCCUCACUUUCCUUGGCAUUGUGUCCUGUGGGGAAAUAAAAUUUCUGCUUAAAAGCAGAACCCUUUACCUAUGCCAUCCAAACAGACAGGUGGCAACAACGUGUUUUGAAACCACCAAAACUAUUAAGUUAC